UCUACUUUGACUCAGGUUGCAUGUUUUUUCUCGACACCUGUGCUCUGUGUUAGCCAGUCAGAUGGAGUAACUGCUUCUGAUAUCAUGUGCUAUCCACUUAAAUUCUGCCUAUAGCAUGACUUAAUGGGUGAACAUGACAGGAUGCUAUAUGAUUAUCAACCUCUACCAAGUUGGUGUUCAGAAAAAAAAAAGUUUUUUUAAGCACUGUCCACCUUUUUCAAGCUUUGAGUAUAAGUAUGUCUUGCAUAUCCUCAUAUUGCCUGAGAGUUAUUUCAGGGCCACAGACUCUUUAAGUAAUUGUGACAUUACUUGUUCACCAUGGUGUUUCAGCGCUGUUCGUAAGAGGUUCCCUAAGGUGUUAAAGUUGGACGGCAAAGACUUACCACCUCCCAUAGGUUUUGACCUGGAGUCCCCUACUGACCUACCCACCAAGCAAGGCAGUUAUUUCAUGAAUGAGGAAGUGAAAAAUUUGGUCGUGAGGUUCUUAGAACAAUAUUUUAGCAUUUAUGACAGUGAUGACAGACAAGGACUGCUGGAGGCAUACCACAAUGAAGCAACCUUUUCAGUGAAUAUUGCACAAAACUUGACACUGGUAACAAAUUAUCCUAAAUAUCACGACUACCUCUCAGAGAGCAGAAAUCUUGUGAAGGUCAAAGAUCCAGUCAAAAGAAACAAGUGCCUGAAACAAGGAAAACUGAAUGUGGUGGCAGCACUGUGCAACCUCCCCAAGACAUCCCAUGAUGCAAACUCUUUUGUUCUAGAUGUUACAAAUGCUACGCAACAUCUUUUGAGCUUCAUUGUCUCUGGGAUAUUCAAAGAGAGUGACACCAAGUCAGACAAGCCUCCUGUCAGAUACUUUUCCAGACAUUUUGUUACUGUUCCACAAGGCUCUGGCAUUGUGAUCAUCAAUGAGAUGUUGACAAUUACAAAUGCAACCCCAAAACAAGUGCAGAAUGGACAGAAGCAAACUGCUAUUGCCAGACAGCUGAAUGUGUCCCAGGGAGCAGUUUCUAACGUCGUACAGAAACACGCCCAGACUGGUGUAUUAACACAGUCUGAGACCACGGUCAGGACGUCCUAA